AUGCUUCGAAAACAAUUGCUUCGCCAGGUGCGCACCGUCUCGGAGUCGCUAUCAGUGUCACCGCAAAUACGACGGUCGCCAUUUUCCUCCGCAACCUUCGUUCCUCGUACGUCUAGACCGGCCUACCUUUCAUCGCGGGUAGGGCAAAGAUGGCAGUCCACAGAGGCAGAGCAGCAGAAACCUGCCGCGGAGACGGCCCCUUCGUCAGAACAAGGGAAAGCUGCGGAGGAGGCAAAACAAGACCCUCUUAAGGAAGAGCUUGAGAAGGCUAAGAAGGAGGUUAUAGACCUUAAGGACAAAUACCUCCGUUCCGUGGCCGAUUACCGUAACCUGCAAGAGCGGACACGACGAGAUAUGGAAUCCGCGCGCCAAUUUGCCAUUCAACGCUUCGCAACCGACCUGCUCGACUCAAUAGACAAUCUCGACCGUGCCAUGUCAUCAGUACCUCAAGCCGCCCUCGGGAUCACUUCGGGUAUGACAACAACAUCCAACACUUCGUCCUCGGACCCCAACGUCGCCGCCUCCGCCGAGUCAUCGACCUCAGAACCCAAUAAGGACCUUGUCAACCUGUUCUCAGGCCUGAAGAUGACGGAGGACAUCCUCAUGUCGACGCUGAAAAAGCACGGUCUGGAGCGCUUCGACCCCCUGGAAGGAGGAGGGCGCAAAUUCGACCCCAACACCGACGAGGCGACUUUCUUCACCAAGGUGGAGGGGAAAGAGGACGGAGACGUCUUUUACACCCAGAGCAAAGGAUAUAAAUUGAACGGACGAGUCGUGAGGGCCGCCAAAGUCGGAGUCGUCAAGAACUCCUAG